AGCCCAGGAACUUGAAGACCAGGAGCUGGAAGACAAUAAACUAGGAACCGGAAGACUAUAAACCAGGCAGGAGUUCGACAUUCCCUUAAAAAGCCUGAGGUCUCUGUACUGUUAGAGCCUGCCUCGGUCUCCCAGGCUGGUCUCCAGGUGUUGUUGGACCAGAUACGUCUCCCAUGCAAUACCCCACCAUGACCACGGAGGAGAGCUCGUCUCCCCUAUCCUCUCCCAGGAUGCCAGAGCUCCUGACGGAGGGGCAGGAGGAAAAAGACCCAAUAGACACCUUGGAAAGAAGGCUGAGUGGGGAAAUAGAACAGACCAUUGGGGAGGGGCCCAGACGCACUCCCAAAGUUGAGAGUUGCGUAUCUCAGGGAGCCCUCCUGCGAGUCCCUAGCCCCUUGGGUCGUAACCAAGAGCACAGCCCGAGACACAGCUCCUCACACACCCCGGAGGAAGACCGCCCGCACACCCCGGCCGCCCACACCUCGGAGGAAGACCGCCCACACAGCCCGGCCGCCCACACGCGCAGCAGAGCUCCCCUAGCUUUCUCCAUUGACCGCAUCAUGGAACCCACACCCAAGAGAGUGAAAGUGAUGGAGGUAACCAAGCCAGCGUCUCCGCCGCCGCAUGCUACACCACUGCGGCCGCUGGUAGCCAGACGACACCUGGAACACGACCACUUCCACGCCCACCACCACGACCUGCACGACCACCAUCGUGACCUACACGACCAGCAUCGUGACCUACAUGACCACCGUGACCUGCACGACCCCAGGUUGGCGGGAUUGAGGGUCCUGUACGACCACCACCGUGCCAAGGACCUGCUUCACGACCCCCGUGCAAGGGACCUGCUAGCCCACUACCCUCUCCUCUACCACUACUACCAGGCAGGGGGGGUCUUCCCCUCCUCCAGCGCCCCCAGCGGCGCCACCGCAGGGGCUGCCGCCACCACCCAGCCGCCACCGCUGCCGCCGCCACCGCAGCCGUCGCCCGCCGCCGCCGCCCACCUGAGCCCCGCCCCCGCCCACAGGCUGACGCCCCACGCCCUCUCAGCCUUCACACGCCUCGAUUUGCUGAAGCCGCGGCCGCAGACGCAGGCUGCGCCGUCCCCCGCCCUUCCCUACACCAGCGUGGCGUCGAAGGUACCGUUGGAGGCACAGGUGCCACGGGCGUACGACCUCUCUGUGACGCGCGUCUCCGUGGCCUCCAGCACCUCCUCCUGCAGCAACACCUCCUCCAACAAUACCUCCUCCAACACCUCCUCCUCCAGCACCUCCUCUUCCAGCACCUCCUCCUCCAACAACACCGCCUCCAACACCUCCCCCAGGGUACUCACCGACCUCAAGCCCCCUCCCUCCCUUCCCCCCUCCCUCUCCCCUCUCCCUGCCUCCACCACCCCAGGGGGAGCCCCCAGGGGCCCAGGAGCGCCGCCCAACUCUUCCAACGUUUCACCACGGCCGGAGAACACAGGAACCUCCAGCAUCACCACAUCUCCUGGUCUGCCUAACACAGCCUGCCUAGUCCCUCCCAGUGCCACCCCAGCAGCACUCCCGCCAGGAAGCCACCCUGAGGACCCCGGUGGGGUGGCAGUGGGCGGUAAGAAGAGCGGAGGGGCGGGCGUGGGCGGCGGAGUGGGCAAAACACAAAAGACCUUCACCUGUACAGAAUGUGGCAAGGUGUUUAACGCCCAUUAUAACCUGACAAGACACAUGCCAGUACACACAGGGGCCAGACCCUUCGUCUGUAAGGUGUGUGGGAAAGGGUUCCGACAAGCGUCUACAUUAUGCCGACACAAGAUCAUACACACCUCAGAGAAGCCUCACAAGUGUCAAACCUGCGGCAAGGCCUUCAACAGGUCGUCAACGCUGAACACUCACGUGAGGAUCCACAACGGCUACAAGCCUUAUGUGUGUGAGUUCUGUGGCAAGGGCUUCCAUCAGAAGGGCAACUACAAGAACCACAAGCUGACCCACUCUGGGGAGAAGGCCUACAAGUGCCACGUUUGCAACAAGGCCUUCCACCAGGUGUACAACCUCACCUUCCACAUGCAUACUCACAAUGACAAGAAGCCCUUUCAAUGCUCCAUCUGCGGCAAGGGCUUCUGCCGCAACUUCGACCUGAAGAAGCACAUGAGAAAGCUCCACGAUAACACUCCCUACACGUCCACGUCUCCGUCUGUGUCUCCUGUAGCAGAGGGUAGCAUGAGGUCCAGCCCCUCCACUCCGCUGACCAGACAGUUCUCAGUGCUGCCGUCCCUGAUGGGUGGCGCCACCUCCCUCCCCACCAGCAUGGCCUCCCUCACCUCACUAUCCCACCCUCCUGCCACCAUGCCGCCGCCUAUCCCCGCCCACUUCAUGAACCCAUUUCUCAUCGGUCCGCCUGCGCUGCCAGGGUCCUCUGGCGCGCCCUAUUUCCACAAGAUUCCGUCCUUGUUGGGCUGAUGGCUACUGCUGGCUCACCUCACCGCCACCUCCGCCUCCUGACCCCUCACAACACGUCCAACUGUCGUGUUCUUCCUUAACCACAAGCCAAAGAAUCCUUUGUCUGCACCAUAACACAGCUUCCACCACCCUGUGGUGACCUGUGGUGUUGCCUGACCUAACUCCUUCCCCUCACACUGACCCGGUGUCACACAUUGUCUAGUCCUGCUUAAUGUCUCGGUCAAGAAGCCAGUAACUUCAUCCCAGAAGACCUUACCUAUCCCUUUUCCAGCCAUUCCCUAUACCUAUCUCCCCGCGAGGCAGCAAGGAGAAGUAUUAUCCAGAUUGAGGUGAUCCAAUCCCAUUCAUUACCGAAACAAGGAUCUGAAUCAUCCAUUAGCAUCCUUCACUCCCCCAGGGCAGUGCCCUGGCUCACUUGAGCUAGCGACUAUCUUCAGCUAGUCUGCCACUUGUUAUUCUUGCUUUAUGCUGUGUGAGAAGACAGAGUUGAAGACCAGCGAGCACAGGAGAGGCGCCGACCAUCAUCCAACAGACCUUGAGGCAAGUUAGACCAAUGAGAAGUGGCCCCUACAGCAAGUAAUGUCAAGUCCGUCUGCCUCAUCAG